AUGUGGUACGCGAUUUCUCGACCAAGCGAGUAUCUCGUGCUCACUGGAGCCGGGAUUGACGACAUCAAAGUAUGCAAGAAGGCAUUUGUGUGGCCACUUCAACGGUGUUCGAGGACAUCUGUAGCACCGUAUGAUUUCUCGCUUAGCCUUCAGGCUAUGACAAUCGAGAAGCUGCAGUUUUCUCUGCCAGCAGUGUUUACCAUCGGCCCUGAUAACGAGCAAGGCGCACUCAGAAAAUAUGCGCUGCUUCUUUCGGGCUGCACAGACGAGGCUGAUCCUACCCAGAAGAAGGAUCUGAACAGCAAAGCAAAGCAGAACCAUGUACAGGAUAUUGUUCGAGGAAUCAACGAAGGUGAAACACGAGUGAUCGUUUCUAGCAUGUCCAUGGAGGAGAUUUUCAAGGAGAGACAGAUUUUUAAGACGAAAGUGAUCGAGAACGUUCAAAAUGAACUCCAGCAGUUUGGCCUGAGAAUUUAUAAUGCCAACGUAAAGGAGCUUCAAGAUACCCCUGGAAGUGAAUAUUUUGCUUUCCUGAGCCGAAAGGCUCAUGAGGGAGCCCUCAACCAAGCCAAGAUUGAUGUUGCCGAGGCACGAAUGAAAGGAGAAAUUGGAGAGGCAGAGAAAAAGGGCAGAACCAAGCAGGAGAUCUCCAAGAUUGACGCCGACACUGCUGUUCUAGAAACAAAGCGCAAGGCGGAGAAGGCCAAGGCAGACUCAGAGCUUACGAACCGCAAAACAGAACUGGAUGCUGACGUCCAACUCAACAAGAUCGCAGCUCAGCGUCAGACGGAAAUGAGAGACGCUGAGUUGCAGAAACAAGUGCAAAGCAAGCGCGCAGAGACGGAGUUGGAGCGUCUCAGAGCCGAGCAGGUCACAAAAAGCAAGGUUGAGCGUGAGUCUUCCCAGGAAGAGGCCGACGCUGCCUUUUAUACGGAACAGAAGGCGGCGGAUGCAGAAUUGUAUAAGAGCAAAAUGGAAGCAGAUGCAACCUAUUACCGUCAGAGCAAAGACGCAGAUGCAGCUUUCUAUACUCAAAAGCGAGAAGCCGAAGGAAUCCUCGAGAUGGCAAAGGCAUAUGGUGCGCUUGUUGAUGUUCUCGGUGGUCCUCAGGCGUUCCUACAGUACCGAAUGUUGGAGUCUGGCACUUAUGAAAGGUUGGCCGAUGCAAAUGGUCGUGCUAUCAGUGGCCUCCAGCCGAAGAUCACCACCUGGAAUACCGGAGACCAUGGAAACAGUUCGUCAGAUUCAAUGGCACCAAUUCGGAAUAUCAUGCAGGGCCUCCCUCCUAUCUUGAGCACAAUCCAUGAACAGACCGGGAUAGCGCCACCAUCAUGGUUUGCUGAAAUGCCCAAGACCAAGGAUGUGAACGGCAAACCCCAGGAAUAA